AUGGAUGUGGGUGGAGUGGGUGAACUACUUCGUCAUCUGUAUGAUAAUGAUUCUCACGGUGGUGAUGAUAACGAAGACGGUGAUGAUAAUGAUGGUGAUGAUGACGAUGAUGGUGGAGAUAAUGAUAGUGAUGAUGACGAUGAUGGUGGAGAUAAUGAUAGUGAUGAUGACGAUGAUGAUUGUGAUGAUACUGAUGACUAUGACGAUUUGAACAGAAGUGGAGAACGCCGUUGUCGUCACCGUCAUCGCAAUGGAGGGGAUUUGUUGAACUCUCAUUCAGAGCCGCGGCUACUUCAAGCAGGAUAUCGUUAUCUUGGCGGCGGUGGGAAUCACAUUGGAAAUCGUUCGCAUCGACGUCGUCAUCACCGCCGACGACGUUAUCGACGUGUCAUUUAUCCUUAUGGUUACCGCCGCAUGUGUUACUAUUGUCCGUGA